CGUAUAAUUUCUGUUCCACUGUGUUCCACGUUUAGGGACAUCUUUGGUUGUUCUCGCCAGUGACAGUGUGUGGACCACAUUUCACUUAUCAAUAAGACUAACCGAUUAUAAAUAAAUUAAUACAAACUUAAAACAGCAUCUAACCAAAUUGCUCCAAAGAAACAAGGAUAUAAUUGCGUCCGUUCUUCUACUGGGUUUCUUUUCUGACAAUUCCCUGAAAUUUCACGAGGCUGAAGAGGGCGAGACAGGAGAGGCGGUGAUACAACAUGGAUGAGGAAUAUGAUGUGAUCGUUUUGGGGACCGGGCUCACAGAAUGUAUCCUGUCUGGGAUUAUGUCUGUGAAUGGAAAGAAAGUGCUGCACAUGGAUAGAAACCCCUACUAUGGAGGUGAAAGCUCCUCCAUUACCCCCCUGGAAGAGCUGUACAAGCGAUUUGGGCUGCCUGACAGCCCUCCAGAUUCUAUGGGACGUGGAAGAGACUGGAAUGUGGACCUCAUCCCCAAAUUCCUUAUGGCCAAUGGUCAGCUUGUGAAGAUGCUGCUAUAUACAGAGGUGACAAGAUACCUGGACUUCAAAGUAGUGGAGGGAAGUUUUGUUUACAAGGGAGGAAAGAUCUACAAGGUUCCCUCAACGGAGACUGAGGCGUUAGCUUCAAAUCUUAUGGGUAUGUUUGAGAAGAGAAGGUUCCGUAAAUUCCUAGUGUUUGUGGCAAACUUUGACGAGAACGACCCUAAGACCUUUGAGGGCGUCGACCCCAAAGUGACGACUAUGAGAGACGUGUACAAAAAAUUUGACCUGGGUCAGGAUGUCAUCGACUUCACUGGCCACGCCCUGGCCCUCUACAGGACAGACGACUACCUUGAUGUGCCCUGUUUGGAGACCAUCAAUCGCAUCAAGUUGUACAGUGAAUCCCUGGCCCGAUAUGGGAAAAGCCCAUACCUGUAUCCCCUCUAUGGCCUAGGGGAGCUGCCUCAGGGAUUUGCCAGGCUGAGUGCAAUUUAUGGAGGAACCUACAUGCUCAACAAACCAGUGGAGGAGAUAGUAAUGGAGGAUGGCCAUGUGGUGGGAGUGAAGUCUGAGGGAGAGGUGGCCCGGUGCAAACAGUUGAUCUGUGACCCCAGCUACAUUCAGGACCGCGUGCGCAAGGCAGGUCAGGUGAUCAGGGUCAUCUGCAUCCUCAGCCACCCCAUCAAGAACACCAACGACGCCAACUCCUGCCAGAUCAUCAUCCCUCAGAACCAGGUCAACCGCAAGUCAGACAUCUAUGUGUGUAUGAUUUCCUAUGCCCACAAUGUGGCGGCCCAGGGGAAGUACAUUGCCAUUGUCAGCACCACUGUGGAGACUAGUGAGCCUGAGGCUGAGAUAGAACCUGCUUUGGAGCUUCUGGAGCCCAUUGACCAGAAGUUUGUGUCCCUUAGUGACCUCUAUGAGCCUACAGAUGAUGGUACUGAGAGCCAGAUAUUCGCCUCAUCAGCCUACGAUGCCACCACUCACUUCGAAACCACCUGCAACGACAUCAAGGACAUCUACAAGCGAAUGACUGGAAGCGACUUUGACUUUGAGAACAUGAAGCGCAAGCAGAAUGAUGUGUUUGGGGAGGAUGAGCAAUGAGAACGGAGGGGCAUCACGGAGAGGGAGGUGCAGAGGAGGGUAUGAACGGGGUAAACGGAUGAAGGCAGAACAAGGUUGGAAUCGUAGAAGGCAGAGUUAACAGUACAAAGGGGAUAAGACAUGCUGGGUAGGGUCCUGUAUAUAGGAGAUAACUGGGUUCAGGGAGUUCUAGGAGACAGUGAGUGUAAAAGGAGAAAGUGGGUGUGGCUCUAAAAGGACAGAGUUGGUGUGGUUUAAGGAAUCAGCGGGUGUGGUUCUAGAAGCAAACAGUGGGUGUGGUUUCAGACAACAGUGGGUGUGUUUCUAGAAGCAAAGAGGGGGUGUGGUUUUAGACAACCGUGGGUAAAGUUCUAGAAGCAAACAGUGGGUGUGAUUUUAGAGUGGGUAAGGCUCUAGAAGGAGAAUGUGGGUGUGGUUUCAGGCAAAAGUGGUUGUGGUUCUAGACGGAGACAGUGGGUCUGGUUCUGCCGUUAGGUUGUUGUCCUCCUUUUCACCCUCAACCUCUCCAGAGAUCUCCGAACUCAAACACAUUUAAACACACACAACACACACACACACACACACUAUUCCGAGACUCACAUUCCCUAUCUUGUCACUGAAAAGCAGGGUUGAUAUGGUCUUUCAUUCCAUUUUAGAUUACCUAUAAACUACAUGUCUGAACUAUUAUCAUUAGAGGUAGGCCUAUUCAUUGUUGUUGCAAUUUCACUUUUUCAAAUAUUGUCGAUCUGACACAUCAAGGGCAACAACGGUCAGUGACAUCUAAAUUCUCAACAAUGGAUAUUGAUAUUGAAAGGAUAUUGAUUGGAAAUGUGAGAAAAGUUUGCGCACAGACAGUUUUUUUCAUAGGACUCUACUAAGCUCCUGGAUCCGUCUCGUCUAAUUGACAUGCAUGCGUAUUUUAAACACAGUAGUGUUGUAUAUAGAACAUGAUGACACGGCAGCGUUCUGAAUGCUGGGCCAUUUUCACACGGACCAUUCCAUCCAGUCAACCCUGCUUUCACUCUCUCCCCAUUAACUGCUGGUCUUUUACCUGUGUUACUUAUUUACAUAGAAAACUGCUCAAUUUUUUCGGCAAAUCUCUCUCUGUCCGAACAAAAAAGUUUUAAAAUGAAAAUUGUUCAGUGGGCUGUUCUGUCAAACUGAUGCUCACUUUGCAAUGAUGUCGUGUUCCCUGUGCUAGCAGGCAAGCUAACCGGUGUCUAACUGUUCUGCUUUCCCUUCGUUUGUCAUGUGAUAUCGAAUUUAGGAUUUCAAUUGUUUACGUUCUUUAUUAUUUUUGUUAAAUUAUUAUGUUGUAUUUCUUAAUAUUUGGUGCACAUUUUCACUUGCUGAAGUUAUGAAGUUUACUGAAUUUGAAAUGGACACAUGGACUGGUCUUCUGAAGUGGACUUGAGGGUCAAACACUGAAAAGGGAAUCUUUUGUGUACAAGAGUGAGAGAGUUAACUGCCUGUGAGGUUCUGUCUGGAGUAUAGGUAUGAGGGUAAGAUUACAAGAAUAAGUAUGAAAGAGUUUGUAAUGAGAGAUUUGUAAUCAAAAUGAGAGCAGAUUAUUACAUGUUGAGAUACGAUGAAGUGAUAAAGACAUCAAGGUCAUAAAUAUGAAUGUUGCGGAUCACAAAAUAUUGCUUUUGUGUUGAAGAUGGAAGACUGAACUCUUGGCUUGUAGUAAAAGUACCAGAUCAUGUUGUGGUCUAACUAUCCCAUGUUGUGUAUGUCACAUGGAAUGACUAAUUCCCUUCGACCUCCUGCAAGGCAACAUCAACUAGUUGACAGAAAAGCUGACACUCCCAAAAUAUACACUACAAUAUCUAAAUGCCGCAUUAGAACUGAUCACUGAGGCCACAAUAUAAAGUGUUACAACAAAUACUGAGGCCACAAUAUAAAGCGUUACAACAAAUACUGAGGCCACAAUAUAAAGCGUUACAACAAAUACUGAGGCCACAAUAUAAAGCGUUACAACAAAUACUAAGGCCACAAUAUAAAGUGCCUCCCCAGCAUAUGAACCAAUACGCUUUGACCUGUUUUAGCCUUAAUUUGGGGUCUUUUCAAAUAGGUUUCAGUCCUCUCAAAUUUGUAUCAUUGUUUUAUAUUUAAAAAAUGACGUAAUCUGCAGAUUCCUUUCUAGAUUCCUGUGCUUAGAGGGAUCCAAUAUCAGUUUACUGACUUUCAGCAAAUUUCCUGUGUCUUUCAUGACUGCUAACUGUGAACAUUGCAAUUCCACCAAGUACCACCCAAAUAGCCGUACAUAUCAAUGUAAUCUUGGAACUCUGGUCAUUCUAUUGCCACUGUCUGGUCACUCUUGUGGUUCUUUGGAUUUGGCUGGACCCUGCAAUGUCUCCUUUACUGUAGUGACCUCUAACCGACUGGUUAGUUAUUUUAAGUACGUAUCAAUGGUGGGCAGCAAUGGUGCAAUAGGCUCCAUUCAAUUACUGUUAGAGUAACAUGGUGGUAAGAGGGAAUUAUUGCCUAUUGUGGUCCCUCCCGACCUAGACUUCUAAACUACUCAGUUAUCACAUAUUUGAGGUGGCUUUAUGUGUCUUAUUAUUAUUUUAUUAUUUAUCUGAUGUUAUGGUAGAAAGUUUAAGUCUGCUGUUGAAUAUGCGUUUUAUCCUAUUCAUUUGUUAAAAUAACUGAUCUCAGAGUGAUGCAUAUAUGCCAACAUCAUUGUUUUUGUUUUGUUGUUAUAGUAUUUGUUGUGUCAUGUUUUCUUUGAUUUAGUGGUUAUGAUUACAGUUUCAAAUGAGUUAAACAUUAUUAACGUCUUUUUAACAGUUUGUGAUGAAAGCUGAAUGAUAACAAGCGUCUCUGGUCCUCGUUAAUAUGCUUUGAUUAAGCUUUUAGUCAUGUUUUAGACUAAUUUCUACUGUUUAAGACAGUUUUUGCACAGUUUUAACUUGGUAUGAAUUUCUUCCUGGAAUCCUGUUAGCUUGGUGAAUAAUGUCGCGUUUACUCUGCAAGCAUAGCUGGUUAUUACAUCUUUCCCCCCUCACCACAAGAGGUCAUCUCCUAUUUUUUAAUGCAUUAUGUGUUUGUACUGUAUUAAUUUAAGACUUUGGGCCUUUGACAAAUAUUUUUCAUGAUAUCCCUUGAAUAUGAGGAAAACAGGUCAGACUGAGUAGUAGACAACGUACAGUCCCUUGUUUGAUCACUAGUGUGUGAACAAUGCCUAAUAACGUCUUGUGUAACAAACAAACAAAUAAAAUGAAUUAAACUAUGAA